AUGAGUAUUCAGUAUUUCAGGACAGUAAAUCGUCGUAUUGAAGAAGAGAGGCGGACGAAGUAUUGCGGGACCGCAAGUUUACGAUUAGCGUCUCUACGAUAUCAAGAUCAAGAGUAUAAGCAUAAUGUUGACCCCAAGAUCAAGAAGGCUCAUGUGGAUAGCAUUACGAGAAUGUUUGAUCAAGAGCAUGGCUGUCGUAAAGAAGACGAACGCCAUCAUGUAAAAGCUCUUAUUAGCCAGCAAGAACUUGAAGCGGCAAUACUUCGUGCCUCGAUUACAAUCGAAAGGCUCAAAGCAGAUGUUGUACCGUACCCAGAGCUAGAGUUUCCAAUUCAUGUUAAGAUAGAGUGCCUUGAGGGUCAUGAUCUGCUUGUAGCAGCUGACAAAAAACUUCAAGGGCCGAAUAAAAGAUGGAUAGUUGACCUCUAUCUGGAUGAUCUAAGUGACGAGUUGCGGGUUUCACUCGCUGACGGCUAUGACUACCAGAAGAAACCUGAUAGCGGAGAGCUUUACAUAAAAAUUAGACAGUUCCAAGGUUUUUAUGGCGAGUCGAAUCCUUUUUUUGAGAAAAUGUGGCUAGGUCGACUUGCAACGAAUCUCAACAGCUGGAAUCUAUUUAAAAGGCUCUCAAAAAAUAGAAAAUUUAGCGCAGCAUUUGAUGCGCUCCUAGACGUUCCGAGUUUAUUUGGCGGAUUCAGAUUAAGCGUCAUGCACCAAUUACUCGGAAUGAAAUGCGAUGAACCAAAUCUUGUCUACUUAAGACACAUAUAUACAUGGUGGAAUAAUGUCUGUGAUGGUGAUAAAGAAGUAAUGCGUCAGAUCACAAAAAAAACAAUAGGGGCUCUCCAAGGCAUGGCGCCUGGAGCUUCUUCAACGGACCGCGCCCUGCUCCAAGCGCAACUAAGGAGUGGCAGCAUAUUUGAGAAUUUUUCUGUUUCACAACGCGAAGAGCUCUGGCAGAGAGCUUGCAGCGCCUCACAACAGUGCCUUAUUCCAUCUCUAUUCACCUUUUUUGAGGAUCGAAAGUUUCUUAAUGAUGCUGCCGGAUGUAUAAUGAAGAUUCUUGAUGUAAACGAAAAUAGUACAAUAAUUAGCUCUCUAGAAGAAAUUUUCAGCGAUACAAACCAAGAAGAAGGCAAAUGCGUCAUUCAGCUGUCUGAGACAGAAUUUGGAACUAUCGCAGGUGACAGUAAUAGACGCCUAGAUCUCGGAAUUCGGCAGUUAUGGCUAGCAGCUUUCCGUAACUACCGGGAAUUACCAGCAGGAACGCAAAAGAGCGACACGAAACUACGUUGA